UAAAAAUAAAACUUAUUUGCGUCUCAGAAUGCGUGCACACACUGCCUGGACUUUGGCCGGACGGAUGCACAAUGCGCCUUAUCAGUGACUCUCGAAAGCAGAUCCCAUUCACUCGGGCAUGAAUAAAUGAUCACCGACUGUUAGCGCGGGGCAGGAGAAGCCGAAGCCGAAGACACAGUCGGCUCGGGCCUUAAAUAAGUCAUGAUGAAUUUGUGGGCGUUGUGCGCAGAUAAUGUGUCUAUAUACGGGCGCUGCCAUUUGGCGUUCGGUGUGGGUUAGCGCCGAGAUCUGUCGAUGAGAUGCAUAUUUCGAUUGGGUAUACAUGUGUGGCUUUUGUGCUGUGACAUAGCUCCCAAAGGUGCGUUAGAAAAUAGGAAUCCAAGCAGCCUUGAGCUCUCCAAUCAACUCUGUAGUCGAAUCAGCACUCUGCCCACCCACGGACAUGUCGGUACAGCUGGGCUUUAUAGCGUGGAUUAUUCUGUACAAUCUGAUCAAGAAACCGUUCCUGCAGGCUAUCCAAGUCCUUCUGCUUUGUGCUUUAUGGCAUCGCUAAAGCGUCGGAAGAUUCGGGCCGGCGAUGUCGUUGACACGCCGGGUAUGGUGGCUCCGCUUCCGUACCUCAACUUCCUGCGCUUCCUUAAACGUACUAUGUAUCCGAACUACAGCCUCCGCCGCUUGCUCCGGGUGGGCCUCACCGUAUGGAAUGCGCUAAGCGAUGCCCAGAAGCGCAAGUUCGAGCCACAACGCAUCUUGGCCAGAGUCGCCCGCAAGCGACGAGCUGCUCGGCGUCGACAGUUGGUGCGCCGUAGUCAGCGGGGUCAGCGGCAACCAGCUGCUGUUCGCCGUCCCAUCUACGACAAACGUCCCAAUCCAAAACGCCGUAAACGCAAGUAGAGAGGGUAGGCACGGUACAAUCCCGGAGCACCUGGUGGUGUCGUUUGUUCACCUGGUGGCCAGCCAAAGACACACUUUCAAAAAUCUUCUUUGGGUCUUCUGUUCGCAAUUUUCUCAUUUUUGCACCAACUUGGAGUCAUGUUAAAGAACCUACACAUGUUGCCACCUGCCACCGAGCUAGGUUUAGCGGAUUGGCACCUGCACACUGUUACUGCCUUGCGCAACCUAAGCUCCAAAGAGCGUGGGCUGUUGUGAAUGGGAAUAUGCAAACAAAUACUCUGUCACCACUUUCACUUUUCGCAUUUUGCCGAAAUGCCAGUGGCCAUUCGCCAGUGGAAGAGGAUCGGAGCCAGAGCAAGUACUUCCGGUCUUUCUCAGUGUUCAAAUUAUACCUUUUACAUUUAUUGCCUUCGUGCCUGAUUGAUGGUUCUUUAAAUUAUGUAGUUUUUAUACUCUACCAAUAAAUAGCAAGUGGAAUGGAACUCGCAUUUUGGAACUCAUUACGUCACCCAAACAAAAGACAAAGAGCAGAUUUGCAGGUUUGUCCCGUCGCUACCUUCAUUUGUCUCCAGCAUGGGCCAGACAGUAGUCAUAUUCUAGAAGCUCGGAAAGGGACCUGGACGCCAUUCCCGCUGGCCCGAGAAUGCUCAAUGGAGCGCCGGGACAGAUAGUGAACAAAAUGCCUUAUCUGGACCCCCUUUUCUCGACAACUCACUUUCUGUUUGUCAAUAAAUUAUUUAUCAAUUUUAAUUUCCGCUUGCUGCACAAACAAAAGCAAAGCAGCCACCGACAGCGGCAAUGGCGAAACAAAAAUAGCAACGCUCGGCGGCUCCAGCAUCAACUAGUUUCGAGCUGACGAACCGCUUGAGCUUGUCAUUAUUAGUGAUCGGAAACCCAUCCAAACUGGUUGGCUUCUGGCCCGCAGUCAAAUUCCCGUUUUGGAUGCGGCGCAUGUUUCCACUCGGCGGCUGCCGUGGUUAACUAACUCACUAUUUGGCAAGCGUCUGCCGACGCAACCUGCAGCGGCUUCGGCAUCGGCAUGCGGCAGUCGGAUUGACAGCGUACAGCUUAUGUCACAGUUAUCGCCUCUCGAAAGAGUAAUUACACUUUAAUUGCCCUGGCCGCGAGGCUCCUCCUAUCCAGCAUUGGCUGCAUUGCCAUGUGGAAAGCCUUUCUAGUUGCUAGCUUAGCCGCCUGCGAGUCCCGUCGCACCUGGGGAACACCUUUUUGGAGCGAAACGAAAACGAGCGCAAUGCCAAACACCGCGGAGCUUGAAUCGAAAUCGGAUUCCGAGAGCCGCGAAUCGAAGACAAGCCCAGCUAAGCUCAGCUCAGUGGGUCUGCGGAACGGAGAGCGCGGAGGGAAGGCGGAAUGGGGCAGAACAACGGGUUCCACUGUCUGCUCCACUCUUUGUUUCCGUUGUUUCCCCAGCUUGUUUACACUUUUUACACUUCGGCAUUCGCACUCGCUCUCUGCGUGGCCACGCACUCGCACUAUUACUGGCAUGGGAUUGGAUUUGCCUGGUGUUCUCCGGAGAGUUCAACGACACAGUGGCUAUGUUUCAGACCUGAUUGCCGAUUGCCUUGGAUUAAACUGAAUGCAACCGAGUUUCGCAAUCUCAAAGGCUGGCUUAGGAGCUAAUCAGCCAAGGCAUCGCACCUGUACCUGAUGAAACUGGCUGAUAGGCGUCGAUCGAACGGACGCAAAAUACACUCCUCCGUGGAGGAGGAGCAUUUUAAGCAUAGAAACUAAUCUAAACUGGCGGCAGGCAGGCGAGUCACUUUGCCCAAAUGUCAGACUUCCGCGUCUGAUGCAUGCAUUUUUUCUAUUUACUUCAUUGGCACUGCCAACGCAUUUAGUUAUUCACGAUUCUAAGCCCGAAAUAAUGGUGUAUUUGUGGACUAUGGGUGUUCCUAAAUCAAAGUGUAUUUUGCCGUCAAUAUAUAUGUCAGAGGCGCGAUAGUUUCGUCCAUAUUCAUAUCCUCGCGCGGUAGCACAGCGAGUUCCGUUGCCGAUCGUUACCAAACCAAACUAAACUUCCACUCCCUUCUCUCCAUCCAUUUAUAUCUUCUGUCAACGUUCUUAAUUCAGUUGAUCUAUAUACCUCUCUUUCUCUCCUAUGACUUUCGGUAGCGCGACAACGGACCUCACUCGCCAGCAGAGACUGCGCUCGUCUCUGCUGCUAUGCCUCGCGAUGCGCUUCUUAGAAAAAGCGUACUUCCCCGAAUUCAGACUGCUCUCGUCUCUGCUGCUAUGCCUAGCGCAACGCUUCUUAAGAGAAGCGUUCUUCCCAGAAUUUAUCUCCGACACGGCCUUCCUGACCUACCACACGUCCCUGUGUGUUGAGCUCGGCAUUAACCACAUAAAUCAAAAGGAAUAAAUCACAAUAACUUUCUUAUUCUUUUCCUAACUUUGAUUCAUUCAAUGCUUUUUCUUUUCCUUAUAUUCUCUUAUUCAGUUAACCAAUAAUUGAGUCACUUUCCAACCAAUAGCUAAUUCUGACUCAACCAAUAAACAUACACUUUCAAUUUCUCUUCACAAACUCAAAUAGAGCUACAGUGGCUCCACUGUAACUCCAUGCAACUUCAAAAAUUGUAAUUUUCUGUUACAUAAUUUUCUUCUUCAUCAACAUUACCAGGUCACCAAGACCUCCGCCAUAACACUUCUCGUCCCUGCGAGACAGCUGUCAUACUGCUACAACAUUUCCUCUAGUGGGACACUGACGCACAUCUCCCGAUGCCGUCCACAUUCUAUGUUCCACUCCGGAACACCGACGCGCAUUCCCUGAUGCCGUCCACACUCUACAUAAGUUCCACUCAGGGACACCGACGCACAUUCCCUGAUGCCGUCCUCAUACUAUUUCCGACGCACAUUCCCUGAUGCCGUCCACAUAGUAUCUCCGACGCACAUCCUCCAAUGCCGUCCACAUAUCAUUUCCCAUUCCGGGACACCGACGCACAUUCCCUGAUGCCGUCCACAUUCUACAUAUGUUCCACUCCGGGACACCGACGCACAUUCCCUGAUGCCGUCCACAUACCACUUCCGACGCACAUUCCCUGAUGCCGUCCACAUGCCACUUCCGACGCAUAUUCCCUGAUGCCGUCCACAUGCCACUUCCGACGCACAUUCCCUGAUGCCGUCCACUACUAUUUUCGACGCACAUUCCCUGAUGCCGUCCACAAACCACUUCCGACGAGCAUUCCCUGAUGCCGUCCACAUAUAAUUUCCCACUUUGGGACACAAAGUCACCUUGGAAUUCUUCCUAUAAUUCUCCAACUAAUUGCUCUCCACAAUAUUGUCGCAAACUCCUCUUAAGAAGGCUAAAUUAUUUAUUUCUUCUUCCAACAAUUUGAUUGGAUAAUUCCAUUUAAUUUUUUUUUUUUUUUUUUUUUUUUUUUUAGCAAAA